CCUGCUCUGCCACUCUGCUGUUGGGUCUCUCCCCUGGCAGAGCUGCCUUCAGGGCAGGCAGAGUCUCGUGGGCUGCUAACCUGAUCAGCCCAGGAUGCAGCCUCUCUGUGGUGACAUCACGGCCAGAUGUUUGGCAGAGCCACACCCCCAGGGGGGUUUGAAGGCGCUCUAACAGGCUGGCUCACUUCUGCCGCCAGCAUGCAAGGGAAGAGCUGCCGGAGGUGCAGCAGACUUGCGAUGGAGACGGUCUGCUUCGAGUGGCCAGCUCUUCUGCAGGGGGUUCGUCUGUCUUGAUGCUUUCACCGGCAGCCUUUCCUCUUAAGAGGGCAACGGGGUGAGCCUUUUGCCCACAGAGUCCUUCUCGUGAAACCUGCUCUCUUCUCAGGAAGGUACCCCUGCCAAGCGUCUGGAAGUGUUUUUGUUUGUUUGUGGACAGAGUGGAUUUGUGCACCCCAAGAGGUGUGGAAAAUGGCCACAGCUGCCUACUUUGCUGCCGAGUGCCUUGUCUCCAUGUCCAGCCGGGCGAUCAUCCAUGGUCCUGCAGAAGGACCAAGACCUCCACCUAUUGGGGUGGCUUCCCCUCUCACAGACUUGACUCCCAAGGAGAAACCUGAAGGGAAGGAGGCGGGAAGAGACAACGGAGGGGGUACCACCUCAGUGUAUGCCGUGGCCAGCAUUUUGGCUGACUUAAACCAACAUCUUCCGAAGUCUUCCUCACUUCAGCUGGAGAAGAUUCAGAGGAUGGAGCGAAAGGAGGAAGCCAAAGCUCCUCUUUUGCAGGGAGCGCUCGGCCAAGACCUGAUCUUGCCAGCCAGCAACUGUGGAGGAGAAAGAGCAGCCACACCUACCAACUUGGCGGCAGGCAACCAGCCCAGCCUGAAACAAAGGAGCAGGAGGGGGUGCCAGCUUGACCCUGAAUUACCUCAGAAAAAACACAAAUGCCACUAUGUGGGAUGCGAAAAGGUUUACGGCAAGUCUUCGCAUCUGAAAGCUCACCUGAGGACCCACACAGGCGAGAGGCCCUUUGAAUGCCGUUGGGAAGACUGCAACAAGAAGUUUGCCCGUUCGGACGAGCUAGCCCGGCAUUUCCGCACCCACACGGGCGAGAAGAAGUUCUCGUGCCCGCUCUGCGAAAAGCGCUUCAUGCGGAGCGACCACCUCACCAAGCACGCCCGCCGUCACGCCAACUUCCAUCCCAGCAUGCUCAAGAGACGAAGCGGCUGCAGCUCCAGGACUGGGUCUCUGAGUGACUAUAGCCGGUCUGAUGGGUCCAGCCCCAGAGACAGUCCCGGCAGCUCCCCCUAAAACCUCCCCACGCCUGCACUCUGCUCUCCGCCUUUGCAUCCGGUCCUUUGCCUCCUCUGUCAUGCUUCGCUUGGCACCCCGUCUUUAAGCAAAGCAAGAGAAAACGUUGGCCCUGUUUUGAAGGGAAUAGGAGAGAGUGGGGGGAUUUUUCUCCUGCAACAUUGCUGCAGAUUUUUUAUUUGGCAGAGUAGGACUUGAGUUUUACAUGUUUUUCUUCAUGGUCCUUCCAGGAACCUCUUUCUGGACAUUUCUUUUUGCUCUGUCUGUGUGUGUGUGUUUUUAAGCCUUAAGAAGAUGCUCUUUUGUAUAGUUUUUUUUUUUUUUUGCUCAGGUGUCAAAGGGAAUUUUGUAGGGCAACAAAAAUGCAAAAAUGCAAAACCAGGAAUGUCUCUUCAGCCAGGUUGAUUCUAAUUUUCUUCCAUCAAACUCUCCUCUUACUCAGGGAUGUAUCUAUUUAUGUACCAUGAAGACACCUCCAGCAGCAACCUUGUUUGAUAAAGACAUUUGCACUCAGAACCUGGGCUUCAGUCUUUUCCUGCAAUACAGCAAGAAAGUCAGGCCAAUCUUUGCACUCAAACGAUUUGAUUUCACAGUUGGGGUAAACCCUUGAAGAGAUUGGACCAUCUCCUCCACAAUUUCAAUCAACCAGUCCUCACUUUUCCCCCUCUUUUUUUUUUUUUUUUAUCGUUUCAUGCUGAAACAAUUCUGCCACCACCAACUUCCUGUUGCAAGAAGAAGAAGAAGAAAAUCUGUAUAAAAAGUUUAUACUUGUAAAAGAAUCACAGGGGGUAGGUGGAAGAUUUUUUUUAAAAAAAAAACUGAAGUAGGUGCCUUAAUUGUGUUUUUAUUCUAAAUCUAGGAAAAUAUAUUUACACUGGGGAACAUUUUAUUUAAGCACCAAAGGGGCGGAAUGGUGCUCUGUGGGGAUUACAGCUUGUGGCAGCUUCCAGAGAUGAAGUUCUGAGCUGAACCCUUGUAUCUGCUUCUCUGUAGGCCUCGCGCAUGAAGUGGGCAUCGCUUUGAAUAAUGUUCCAUAUCCUUCUCUUUUAAAAAAAAAAACAUAAAACUCCUCUGGAAACUGUGUUUCAGAGGCAUCCAGACUUCGUCAAGGUAUUUGUGCUGAUUUCCAGCCCUUUUUGGCUUAAAAGCCGAAGAGUCUACGAAAUUCUGCAUUAUGGCGAAACGGUCAGUACAUAAUCAGAUGGAAGCAAUCAAUGGUGAUCAGGAAAUACUAUCUUUUGGAGGACAGUGGAAGCAAAACUUGCAUCUAGAAAGUGUUAAAAAGAUGGUGUUUUAGCUCAACAGCAGUUCACAAUUUUCCUCAUUGUCAGUGUAGCCUAGGGUCUGAAGGAUGUACUUAAAUCUUCUCUCCCAACCAGCAAAAACUCUUGCAUCUUCCAACAGAUUUCCCAUUGUCUUAUCUAGCAGUUUGAACCACUUAUCCCUCCAGAAGUCCCACCAAGCAGAAGGAUCUCCUGCAUCCAAGUGGAACCGGGGGUCAACGUGGAUCACAACCUAAAAGAGCUAGCUUUCUCGAAGGACUUGUGACUACUUACAGCUUAACUCAGCAGAAGGGAUCUGUGGAUAUGUAAAACUCCCCUUUCAUGAGUGGGGAGAUAACUCCUUUCAAAACUGGGCCCCAUGUUUGCUUGGCAUGGAUGGAUGGAUGGAUGGAUGGAUGGAUGGACGGACUGUGUCCAAGGUUGAUAAUGCAGCCCUCCUGAAGUGGAUGUUCUCUAGGUGUAACUUUCAGAAUUCUAGCUCUGGAGGUUGCUUUCUCAACAGAUGUGGAAGGAUUUGAUAAGACUCAUCUCUGCUUUUCAAGUUAAGGUUGGGGGAAGCCAGCCAGAAGCUUGGGAGACGUGUCUUUCCUAGAAACCUUGUUGCUGUUGAACUUGGCUUGUUCCAAGAUUAUAUUUCAAUGCGUGGGGUACUUUCCCUGUGAUCGUGUUCCUUUUUUAAAAAAAAAAAUACUGUUAAUAUAAAUGCAGCCGACUGUAGCACAGUAAAGCAAACUCCAUUCCUCCGAAGGACUGUUUAUGAUUGAUGCAAUCAUCUCUACAUUCCAAAGGUGUUCUUACCAAGACUUUUCUUCCAACUUUGCAAUAAUUCCGUUUUGCCAGAUGACCUAAAACACACGUGUGCACAUAGACAUAACUGUACUAUACAUAGAUUUGCAAAUGAUAAUAUGCCACCCAUUAAAGCAUAGCUGGUAGGUGCUAUUUAUCAAGUCCUCUUCCCCUUGUACUACCAUCUGCUGUAUAAAAAUGGCUCUACAUCUAGAUAUAUUCCAGUAUUGAUUUCAAAACACAAUUUGAAGUUAGCCCUGCUUUCUGUGUGGUGGCAACACCAGGCAUAAACCCAUCUGACCAUCAUCAAUAAGUUCUCAAGAUCAUGUUUGUUGGCAUCAUGAUAGGUUCAGAGGAAGACCUGUGACUCUAUCCCAUGAGAAGUUUCCUUGGACGUUCUAUAAAAACCAGAACUUUACUUUCCAACCCCCUUUGACAGCUAAGGAUGGAGGGCAGUUAUCAAAGGCAGGACUUGGAAACACUCAUAACAGCUAGCAAGAAAUAUUUAUUCUCUAUAGCAAGGUGUCCUCAUGAAGAUAUAGCUAGCAACAAAGGUUCAGAUUGAUGAUGACCAGGAACAGAGAGAUGGCUACAGAGAACAGUAUGAGCCCAUCUACCCCAAACCCUUCCUUUUAUUAAAUUACCUGCAGAACAUGAUUUGCUCUCCAAGAGCACCAGAUCUCUCUUCCAUUUCAUGAACACAGAAUUGCAAAAAUGAAUUCUACCAUGCCUUAAACAGUCUCCUUCCACUUGGGAUCAGCCAGGUGUGUUAGGAAGCACCAUCCGAACACACCUGGAAGGUGGGGAAAGGGAGAUGGCCUUAAACACAACCCUCUUAGCCUUAAUCUUCAAGAGACACUAGCCAUUGCUUAGAGUGCUCUUUUUCCUUUUGUGGCUCAAGAAACAGGCAUUGAAUCACCCAAGGAUUAUGCCAAAGAGCUAACCAACCAUGGUGCAGUCUGAAGACAAUGUUCCUAACCUUGCUUGAAUGACUGGAGUUGUAUGGAGUAAAAGAAGUGAUCUUACCUAGAAGGAAUUGGCACGUCCACUAUAUCCACUACUGUAUUCCUUUGGAUCAGCAGGGUUCUUAUGAUCUUAUUCCAGGAUUUUAAAUGUUUGUUCUGCUGUACUGCUGUCAUUUGAUUAACUGAAUCCAGCUGUCUUUCUUUGGGCAAAGCUUGGUCCUGGCCACCAAGCCAGCCAUGGGCCCUUGGCAGAGGGUCUCGUUCUGAGAUAUUUACUCUUUCUUGGGUCAAGACUAUGGCAUUAGACAGGCAACUGAGAGGAAAAGCAUCCACAUAUCUAUUUAUUUCAGACUUCGCAUUUAGAGUUCAGUGGCAACAUUAACCAUGCACUUCUGAAGCUUUUCAAAAUUCUUUUUGUGUUCAUUACCAUUUCAUAUUGAACAGUAAAUGUAAUCAAAACACUCAGGGUUUGCUAAUAAUUGCCUCCUGUCUGGCGACAGGACCUCAUUUUAGCUUUGCUGGCUGCUGUUUGAUUAAUGUUGAUUAGGCUAAACUGGGUCCUAAUUUGAUGAAAAUUCUGCUUCAGAUUUUUCAUGGGAAAGAGCUUGGGUCAGCAAGGCAAGAAGAGAUAAAUCUUGUUCCUGCUCUUUGUUUGCUUCAAUUUAGGGGUGGACCCUGAAGUUAUUUAGAUCUCUCCUGCAAAAAGUUCUUAAUUGUUGCACUCUAGAGCAGGAGUGUCCAACUUUGGUCAUUUUAACCUUUGUGGACUUCAGAUGUUCUAGGACUUCACGGGUCUUAAAGUGGCCAAGGUUGGACACCCAUGUUCUAAAUGAACUUCCAUAGCAACUGAUCUCUGAUCUCAGCCAUAACACAGCUUUCACACUCAUCUCUCAAGUUCCAUUUCCAGUCAGGGGUCCUUACUGGAUCUCCUGUUUCCCAGUCUGCAAACGACCAGCUGGAAAAGUAGCAGGUGGACUUGCUCUCUGUUGGAGAUGUCUUGCCAUCUCAUCUAGUCAAAGCGUGAAUGUCAGCGUUCCAAGUAAGGCCUCCACUUCAAAGCAGAGCUCCAAGGCAGGUUAAGUCCUCAAAGAACAGUCUUCAUUGGAAUUAGUUCAGGAAUUAGACAAUACCAGACAGACCUUUAAACUGCUGUUAUGGUCCCAUUUUUCCACCUCACAUUUUUUUUGCUUUCUUGCUUUGGGAGCUGUUUACAACUGUGUCAUAAAUAAUAAUAAUAAUAAUGUAUCAUUAUCUGUCCAUGUGUUAUGUUCACAGGGUUUCAUGUUUAUUGUAACGAAGAAGUUUCCUUACUGCAUAUAACUCGCCGUUGCUUCCAAGGGUGCAGCUUUCCAUCAGGGCAUUAAACCUCAUUACCUUAAGCAGUUGAAGUGCUUAAUCUGAAUAAAUUAUGCUGAUUAAGCAACUCUAAAUCAGGGUGUCAGUCGUUAAGGCUGCAGGCCAUUGGAGUUCACUCAUUGUUAAAUAGGAUAUUCUGGUAUUGGGAGCAGUACCCUUCUGCAAAUACCUGGUUUCCCCAAAAAUAAGACAUCCCCUGAUAAUAAGCCCAAUCGGGCAUUUGAGUGCAUGAGCUAAAAUAAGCCUCCCCUCGAAAAUAAGCCCUCACCAAAAAUAUUUAAACACAGAGCUGGAAAUCAAAUAAGACGGCAAGAGGAGCCCCAUCUUGCUCCAUGUGCCCCAAAAUAAUAAGACCUCCCCGAAAUUAAGGCCAAGCACUUAUUUUGGGGUUCAAAAAAAUAUAAGACAGGGUCUUAUUUUGGGGGAAACACGGUAGGUUUUAUGUAUAUAAUUAUAAAGAAAGCAUACUGUGUAUAUAACUGCAGUGCUUGGCUUCUCCUAAUGGCUCGCUCCUUUAAGCAAGUGUACAUCUGCGCCUCGGUUUCCUGAAUUUGAAUUCCAGAAUUUGAACCAUGGAAACUGGGAACAAUUUGGUGGUGAGAACGAUGGAAUUGGCCACAAGAUAUCGGCCUCCAUUAUCCACCAAAUUAAGAACCCAAGCUGCCCCUGGAUUGGACUCCUUCAGGCUGCAACGAGGGUUCAGGACUCAAGGUAGCUUCCACAUCGGGAUGAGAUUGUUGUGCCUUCUUAUGAAAAUGCAAACUGUGCGCCGAGCAAGUGAAGGGGGGCAGGUUGCAAAAAAGUGUUUACCACUUCAUUAAACUGAUGGUCUCAAGCAGCACCUUUGAAAUAACAAGAUUUUUCAUGGGUCUUUUUACUUGAAUGCCGUGUUUCUCAACCUGGUCAGCUGUAAGACAGGUAGCCUUCAACUCUCAGAAUUCCCCAGCCAGACCAAGUUGAGAAGCUUUAAUGGGAUACAUGCCCAGCACCCUCCAUGUUUUCAGAGUACUGUAGCAAAAGGCCCAACAGAGAACAUCAGUAAUAACCCUUAGCUACAGAUGUGGCAAAUGAAAGUUAACUGAAUUUAUUUUUUCUCUGGUAUUUUCCAUGAAUAUGGAAGUAAGUCUGUUGAGUGCAUUAUUCAGCACAGCAUGGCUGAACUUUGAGAUGUAAAACAUUUCUCUACAUCUUGGAUCUGGACUUCAUACUUGGUGUAACCUGGAGAAGUGCCUACAAAAAAAUGUUCUUUUAGCAAAGGACAUUCAGCAAUCUAGACACCCGAGAUUGGUGUCUUGAGAUGUAUUGUAUUGCAGGUCCCCAAAAACUCUACCAAACACAUUGGCUAGAAAUUAUGGGACUUGUGCUGUAGAACCUCUGGAAGAUUUGCUAUUGUAGAAAGUUGUCCAAAUAUAAAGCAUCCUUCAUCUACACAUCUACUGCUCUAUCAGAUGAGAUCUGUGAUCCACCAGAUCAUCCAUGUGGUUUUAACAUAAUAGUCUCAGCACCCUCCAGAAUUAUGUCGCCUUGGCAUGGAUAAACAUGAUGGAGCAGGAGAGCAUCUUGAGAUGGUUAACAGUUACAUCUCGACUCCUCAUUUGCCAUGUCCUUUCAGUAUUUAUUGUCCUUUUCUCUCCUACUUUCUGAAAUCUCCACUCUUGCCCAGAUUUAGAUUAUGAGAAUCUGGAAAAUAUUCUGAUGGGAUUUCAAUCCCUGAAGGAUUGUUUCUGUUCAAGAUGUCAUCUCCCAGCCUGGAGUAAGGAAUUUUCUCCUCAUCCUUCUGAAGUCUUUUUUUGAUGUGCUAAAACCUGCUAAAGAUUUCACCUGGGAGCUGGUUAUAAAAUUAUAGAGGUGAGAAGGAUUUCUGGAUGGAAAAUGCUUCAUGAAAUUGCUAUGAAAUACUGCAUGGAAUUACUUGUGCAUUAAUGUAUAGAGUGCUAUAGAUAACUAGAUAUAUACUCUGUGUCAGUACAGGAACAAAAAUACAGGGCAAUUAAAUAAGUUUACAUACAUAUCUUCCCUUUGGGGCAAGAUCUUGUCAUGGUUUUCUCCUCAUCCGUUUUCUCCAGUAUCACCUCCGUGCUUUCAUGGGUCACGUCUCUAGAUGGUUUCAUGUUUUACUGAGUCACUACAUCGAAGUAUUGCAGUUGUAGAGCCAUCUGUCCGACUCCCAUUCACUCUGCUGUAAUCUUUUUGAAAAUGUUUGUUCGGGGGUUUUUUGUAUUUCAUGGUUUUAUAUAUUGUGACAGUGUCCCUAUGCAACCACAAACAGAAGGCAGAACUAACAAAUGUCAAGCAUCAACUUAUAUGCAUGAUUAGUGAUGUUUGCAUUUUAAAUAAAACCGAUGGAUGAUUAA